CCGGCUUUCACGAUGAUGAAGAAGAAGAAGUUCAAGUUCAAGGUGGACUUCGAGCUGGACGAGCUCUCCUCCGUGCCCUUCGUCAACGGCGUGCUCUUCUGCAAGAUGCGGCUGCUGGACGGCGGCAGCUUCUCCGCCGAGUCCUCCAGGGAGGUAGUGCAAGCCAACUGUGUCCACUGGAGAAAGAAGUUCUCAUUUAUGUGCAAAAUGAGUGCAAGUGCUGCCACAGGCAUCCUGGAUCCCUGUAUCUACAGAGUAUCUGUAAGGAAGGAAUUAAAAGGUGGAAAAGCUUACGCAAAGCUGGGCUUUGCAGAUCUAAACCUGGCAGAGUUUGCUGGAUCAGGAAAUACCACUCGUCGCUGCUUACUGGAAGGCUAUGAUACCAAAAAUACAAGACAGGAUAAUUCCAUUCUUAAAGUUCUGAUCAGCAUGCAGCUAAUGUCCGGUGAUCCGUGUUUUAAAACGCCUCCUUCUACAUCAAUGUCUAUAGCAAUUGCUGGUGAAUCUGAGUCUCUGGAAGAAGAUAGAAAAGGCGGAGAGACUCUCAAAGUCCACCUUGGAAUAGCAGAUCUUUCAGCAAAGAGUGCGUCUGUUCCUGAUGAACUUGGUGCCUGUGGACAUUCCAGAACAUCGAGCUAUGCAAGCCAGCAGUCCAAAGUAUCAGGGUACAGCUCGUGUCACUCCCGAUCAUCUAGUUUCUCCGAGUUCUGCCACCGGAGAAACACUUCGGUGGGAAGUACCUCAACAGGAAUUGAAAGUAUCCUCGAGCCAUGUGAUGAAAUUGAGCAAAAACCAACUGAAUCAACUCUUGAUACGGCUGAUAAAGAAGAUACAAACUCUGAAAAGCUCAACAGAUGUCCGAUGAAACAGGACUCCGUAGAAUCUCAGCUAAAGCGAGUGGAUGACACCAGAGUGGAUGCAGAUGACAUUGUGGAGAAAAUACUGCAAAGCCAAGACUUCAGCCUCGACUCCAGUGCAGAAGAAGAAGGACUGAGGUUAUUUGUGGGGCCUGGUGGAAGUACAACUUUUGGCAGCCACCAUCUUCCCAACAGGGUCGGGUCUGGAGCUUACGAACAGGUUGUAAUCAAACGCUAGAAAUCAAGCCAGUCAGCCAGCAGUUCUCUGCGGAUUCAAGGAGUGAGUGAUCUGUGUGCAAAGCACUUACAAGAAAAAUGAACCUAUUUCGAAAACGAAGUUCAUGUAUCAAGAGGAAAGCCAACACUGAUGCUGUCUCGUGUAAGCCCUAGUGCCACCCUUCCCACCAGUGAGGGGGCAUCUGAAUGUUGGUCCAAGGCAGUGUCCCCUGUGCCUUGGACACUGCUCCUGUGGUGAUGAAACCCCCUGCUUUGCUUCCAAGGCCUGCCCCACCCUACCUCCAUGAAGAAGCCAGUAUUGGACACUUAACUGAGAGCUCAGUACUCCAGUGGUAGAGGUACUCAAUAGAUUUGGGCUGUAGUUUCUGUUCUGUUUCAUUUAUUCUUAAUUUCACAUUUAAAAGACAGUAUGUGAAUGGAAUGUAAGCCCUAUAACUUCUAUCAAGGUAGAUGCAAUUCCUGUUAAGCAAAUCUUCCAUGUUGUAUUACCCUACAGUGUUGUAUUGAGUUGGUUGACUCCUUUUUGAUGUGGUAAUUGAUAUCCUGCAUGGCUGUUCACACGUUGGGAAAAUGAUCUAGAAUUUAAACAUGUAAGAUGCUUAAUAAGAAUUCCCUGGGCUGGGAAGGUGGCUCAGUGGUAGAGCGCUUGCCUUGCAUGUAUGAGGCCCUG